CUUACCUUCAGGAUCUUCGUUUUUUCAUACAUACGUCCAACCAGGCGCCGCUCACCGCACUGUAAAUCCGGUAUUUUAGAAACUAGCUCUUCUAUUGCAUGAAAUAUUUCCAGACACGAUAUACGAAUCCGAAUGCUAACUGAGCAUGCCCGAUCUUACACCCACACAACUUGACCCCAGAUUCCAGAGGCAGCGGGCAAAACUCAGGCCCUCGGGGCCCCUCCUUCUCCUUCUAUGUGCAGCACUCUCUUUUAAGCACUGACCGCCUUCACUGUCAUUGACCUAAGCUGGGGAACUAGCACGGUGUCUCUCGUCUCUGGAUCGUCAUGACCCCACCCUCGUCUUCCUCGGUUGCAACCAGUGGUGCUCGAGCCACUCGCAUCUCGAACUCGGUCUCUUUCUUUCCUCAAAGGUCUUCCCCAUCAUCCUGGCUACCUGUGCAUAAACGACGAUCGUCAAUCAUUGCUCUGCCAGCUCGACUACUCGAGCGCAUCUCACCUCUUGCCCCGGCGAGCCGGGCCCGCGUUGUUGUUUUUGUGCACGACCCAUUCAAUGCCUCACCAAACUCGACUUCAUACUUUGCCUCCGAAGCCGAACCGCAUUUUCACUCCAAACCGAUCCAUUCGCCAGCUGAGAUCAGACGGCCCGCGGAGGCGCAGCAGCAGUCGAUGCCGAGCCAUCGCACCCGGGCUGUCUCGUUUGCGUCAGCGACUCCGAGUCCGCCCCCUCGGGCGCACAGCCGUCCAUCCUUGCCGCCACCGCCGCGCUCGUGCACGGAGUCCGUCCACAUGGCCGCCGGCCCGAAUUUCUCUGUGCCCCGCACGGACGAGGAUGAGCCGUGGGACGAGCCGUGGUUCAUUCCCUCGUCUCACGACGAAGAUGGCGAGGAGGAUGGGAAUGGUGUGGCUGCUAUCGACUGGCGACAAUUCCACAUCAAUCUUUUGCACCGUUUGAAGUGAGGUCUCAAAAGGGUUUCGAGAAUUGAACUAAAAUAUAAGAUGCCGACCGCACUUGCUUGUUUGUUAUUAAUGACCGCGUAGGUUGUAGAUGCUUUCGAUAUGACUCUUAUUCUACUGUUACUGCCAUAAAGUUACGCAAUUGAGC